AUGCAUCACCUGGUGUGUCUAUGGGUUCUGCUCAGUGUCUUGGAAGGAGUGAGCGGCAUGUGUCCUUCCCGGUGUGCCUGUGAUGGCAGCUCGGACCACGCAGGAGCCAGGUCUGUGCUGUGCAAUGACCCGGAUAUGACCGAGGUCCCCACGAGCUUCCCCGUGGACACUGUGAAGCUCCGCAUAGAGAAGACGGCCGUGUACCGAGUCCCGGCAGAGGCCUUCUACUACCUGGUGGACCUCCGGUUCCUCUGGGUGACCUGCAACUCCGUGGCCAGCCUCGAAACCAGAAGCUUUUACAACCUAAAGCAGCUGCAUGAGUUGCGCUUGGCUGGGAAUUCUCUGGCUACCUUCCCUUGGGCGGCUCUGCGGGACUUGCCCCAGCUGAGGACCCUGGACCUGCACAAUAACAGACUAGGCAGCGUGCCAAAGGAGGCCAUCAGGCACCUGAAGGGCCUCGCCUACUUGGAUUUAUCAAGCAACAGACUAACCACACUGCCGCCAGAUUUCCUGGAGAGCUGGUCACACUUCCUUACAACAUCGUCUAGAAGCCUGGACCUUUCACCAAGGAGAAUGAUUCUCGGUUUGCAGGACAACCCUUGGUCGUGUGACUGUCAUAUUUCCAGAAUGAUCGAAUUGUCAAGAGUUGCUGCCCCUGCUGUCGUGCUCCUCGACCCACUGAUGGUGUGCAGUGAGCCUGAGCACCUGACAGGGAUUCCGUUUCAGCAGGCUGAGCUGGAGAAGUGUCUGAAGCCAUCAGUGAUGACCUCGGCCACCCACAUCACCUCUGCUCUGGGCAGCAAUGUCCUGCUGCGAUGUGAUGCAACUGGCCACCCCACCCCACAGCUCAUGUGGACCAGAGCCGACAGUGCGCGUGUUAAUUACACAGUAAUUCAGGACUCUCCAGAGGAAGGCGUCCGGUGGUCCAUAAUGAGCUUGACAGGGAUGUCUUACAAGGAUGCUGGAGAUUACAAAUGUAAGGCCAGAAAUUUGGCGGGGUCUUCAGAAGCUGUGGUGACUGUGACAGUGGUUGGUGGUGGCUCAACCAUAUCACCAAAAACAUCCAAAAAAACCGGAGAUCGCCUUGAGCAAGAGGUCCACGCAGGAUCUGGAAGACCCACAUCCAUACCCGGCCCACCCUCCACUGCCUGGCUGCCUUCCUCCUCUGCGUCUUCCACUCCCCUUUCUCCGUUAACUUCCUAUUCCUCGUCGCCUUUUUCCUCCUUCAUUCUUUCUUCAGCCUCAACUCUAAGCACUAGCAUCUCAGCAAGCGCCACCCUGGCCAGCAGGCUGUCCCUCCAGCAUCCCCUGGAUGGGAAAAGAAAUGUCAAGGUGGAGAGGGGUGGACAUAAGCUUCCCCCAGGCAGUAGCAGUAAAAGAGAAGAGCAGGCCCUGUCAGAGGAGGCGUUGCCUGUGGGGACGGAUGCCGCAGUAGAAAAUGUCAGGGUGACCAGCCAGACACAAGAGAGCGUGAUGCUGACAUGGAAUGUGGUCAACCCCACACCUGACUUGGAGGUGACCGUGUGGUAUUCCAAACACGGGGAGAAGGACCUGCUGCUGCUGAGCACAGACUCCAGCGAGAACCAGGUGACCUUGGAAGGCUUAGCGCCUGGCGGGCAGUACCUGGCGUGUGUCCGCCUGAAAGGAGCACAUCCCCACAAGGACCAGUGUGUCACCUUUGUUACUGACGGUGCCGAAGAGGGUGCUCCAGGCUCCUUCCUCCUCGUGGUGAGCGCUGCAGCCUGCGGGAUUGUCUUGCCAUUGUUUUUUUUCCUGCUGUACAAAGUUUGCAAACUGCAAUGUAAGUCAGACUCCUGGGAAGAUGAUUUGGCCAAAGAGACUUAUAUCCCAUUUGAGACCCUGUCCCCCAGGCAUCAAAGUGUAGGGGAACCUUGGACACGAAGGCACAGAGAUGAUUGUGAAAAACUGCUGCUUUGUUCUCGGUCAAGUGUGGAAUCUCAGGCGACUUUUAAAAGUGAAGGUUCUAGACCAGACUAUUAGUGCUGAGGUUUUAUGGCUCCUCAGGUGCUUGUGACCUCCACAAAAUAUCUCCCACAACAUGAAGGAUCUAAGGAUAUAGCUGUCUGUCUGGAUGACUUUUGGAGAGACUAAGAUGAAAAGCACAAAUAGAAUGUUUUUUAGGUAUAUCCUAAAAAGCAUCAUGAGACUUCCUAACUGAAAA